AUGGGUCGAAAUCGAGUCUUCUCGUUUAUAUCCCAAUUCUCGGCACUCCACAGGGAUUCAAAGACCCCGACGCCUGCGCCGUCACCCCCUAACGAUCUCCGUGUCCGUGACGACUCUGACCCCAAACCAUAUUCCCCGACCGUUUCCCUUCCAACUCCUGCUCCAUCACCACCUCAACUUCGAGACUCCCGCGAGCCCUCACCCGACGGACCGUCGCCUAUCUUUGAUAAAGUACCAGAGCCCGCCGUCGCCAGCUCUACCACGCCUGUUAACGAUCCAUUCGCACAAAGUGUUACGGGGAAACGACGGAGCAAUUCACGACCCUUGUCUAUGGUAUUGUCCUCGCAGCAGCCCCUCAUGGAAAGCAACGAGGAAAUCAUUCCGGAGCUUCAGCCCAUCUUUGCUUUACUCAGCAGUCAUGCGAACAAGUUGUAUCAGGAAGGAUAUUUCCUGAAGUUGGAUGACCAGGAUAUAAUUCUGUCUCUUUGGGAUGCUGCCGAGCUUGAUACCGCCGGAGAAGACGGUGAAGUCCUCCCCAAGUUCAUCAACCUCACAGACGCUUCCAUCAAAAUGAUUGAAUCGCUUCCGACAAGAUCAAGCGACGAACAGCCCCUCCAGAACAUUCUCAGCAUCAGCACUGCUGGGAGGAACCGAUACCUGCUGCAUUUCAACUCGCAUCAUUCUUUGAUCCAAUGGACGUCCGGCAUACGGUUGGCCAUCUUUGAGCAAUCCACCCUCCAGGAGGCUUAUACGGGGGCCCUGAUAGCUGGAAAGGGGAAAUCCCUAAAUAACAUCGGCGUCAUCAUGGAACGAGCGAGAACACCUGUCCAAGAAUGGGUGCGGGUCAGAUUUGGAGCUGGUGUCCCUUGGCGACGCUGCUGGUGUGUCAUUGAGCCUCCGAGCGAGAAAGAAGUUCAAAAGGCUCAGAAGGAGUUUAAGAAGCGCUCCCCUUAUGAUCGCUCUCACGGUCCAGUACUGAAGGGCCAAAUCAAGUUCUACGACUCGAAAAAGGACGCAGAGAAGAAGAAGAAGCACUCGAAGCCCAUUGCAUCUAUCACCGACGCCUACGCAGCGUAUGCCAUUUACCCGCAGGCAAAGGCGUUGAUCGAUGGAUCGGCACUCGUCAAGAUCGAGGGAAGCAUCACCAUCCACUCGGAACCGCCAUCGUCGACAGAGGGCUUCGUCUUCAUCAUGCCUGAGGUCCACCCCGCCGUCUCCGGUUUCGAGAUGUUACUCCGAUUUUUGUUUCCCACGUGGGAUACUUUUGCACUAUACGGCCGCCCUGGCCGCCUAGUUGCUAGCGUGCUAGACCCACGUUCUCUGAUGUUUGCCAUGCCCAAGCACAAACGAUAUGGGUAUUUGGAACUUCUCGAUGUCAGCGGUCUAAUUUUGGCUGACGGGAGCUCGGCGUGGACCGAGCAGCAGUGGAAGAAGAAAAUGAAGGAACUGACAGGGCAGCGUAUGAAUGCUGUCGAAGAUGCACCUACGAGUCACAGUCGAAGCGCGAGUCGCAGUAGCAAGCGCUUAAGCUUUGGCCAGAAUCCAGCGUCUUCUUCUAAGCCACGUGUAGGUUUUUCGGAGGAGGCCGGUCCCGUUAGAUCAUCUCGGUCUCUCUCGCUGUCCAGGCCCUCCCAGAGAACGGACUCGGCGCCGCCGGAUCCCAAUCGGGAGCCCGUACCAUCGACAAUGGCCGGGCAUCCUCGUCAUUCCCGCAACAUCUCUGAUACACAACUUGCUCAUGCCGCAUCGGCCCAUGAAUUGGAUGGUCCCGGAGCCCCGCAGCCCAGUAUGCGAGGUCCUGAGCGCGCCAGGACCUUUGCCAGCGAUUUGGCAUCUACUCCCGAAAGAGUCAGCUCAGAGGAUGAGAGUGCCGUGAGGAGCCAAUUGACCAACGACCUCCAGGAGAUCCAACGGAUGCAGGCACCAGAGCCGGUUAACGCGCCACCGGCCUUUUCGCAUGGUGCAGGCUCUCGACCGCAACAAAAGCCGUACCAUUCACCCGAGAUGCGCAGAGCACACAAUCCUCUAACAUCACCUUCGCCGACGAACAACGGCCCCUCCGGUCCCUCCCCAGGGCUUACAUCGCCGCACAUGAAAUCGCCUCAAAACCCCUCGACGGCUUCGCUUACCCAUUCUCCCGAUAAUCCAGCCAGCGGCCGCGGCACUCCCCCAAUGACGAGUUACCCGGGAUCAACAACUGAGGGCCGACGUACCCCACCUCAUAGCCAAGGAUCGCCGCGAUCCAAUAUGCCAGGAAGAUCCCCACCGGUAACCAGGAAACCUCUUCCUCCAGGAUCGCCAGCCUUCCGUCGCUUAUCUGAAGACUCUGUCUCGUCACUGCCCGUUCGGUCGGGGUGCAGUGCCGGAGGCCUUCACCAGCAAGUCGAAGACGCCAAUCUGUGGUUAACUAUGCUUGAACGAAAAAACAGCGUGCAAAGUUAUUCGGACAGCCGUUCCAUUGACGCUGCAUCUACAGCGAGCCCGGACUACGCAAGCACCCAUAGAUCCACGGACACACAGGAAUCAGCAGACCGAGAACGACCACGUGCUGGAAUUCUGAAAGUCGUCGGUGAUACCUCCGUUUCCCCACAUGACGCAAAUGGCAGCAGCAGUGGGAAGACUGACCUUGGGAUUGACAUCAAUUUUGGACCAACUUUCAACUAUUCGGCCAUGAAAAGUUCUUCCUCCAAGCCCACUGAAUCCAGCGCACAACCAAGCCGGUUCUUUUCUCCCAACACCGGCAGAAAGUCACCGGGACCAGGCACUUCGUAUUCUCACUUCCGACAAGACUCGGAUGACACUAUCCGUCGAACUGUUCCCUGGCAGCCUGGCUCUGGUGUGAAGGCUACUACAGCUCACAAUGCUCUUUCUCCCGAACAGUUUGUACAACAACGCGCGGCUGCUCCUCCCAUUCCCAUAUUCGUACAUCAACGCAGCCCGUCGUCCCAAACAAUCACCGACUUGAGAGCAACAGCCCCUUCCUCGCCCCUAAGACGACCCGGCGUCCACGGCGGUGCGCACUCAAGACACAAUUCUGCCGAACUACUCUCGUCAGGGCGCCCUGCAAGCCGUGGCCCGGUAGCCGUUCUGUCGAGUGCUGAGGUCUCGUCUCAUCUAUCUGCUCGUGAGCAAGAGUAUGUUGCUCGGGCCACUGGAACCCCAUUGAUUGCGAUGGCUAGCAAUAAGAGUGAACCCCAGCCCAAAAGCGGCCUCGUAGGUGCGAUACAACAAAGGGAAAGAGAAAGAGCACACAUGAGGCAAGGAGUAAGUGGUCAAGCUGUUGCGCACGCCAUUGACCAGAGACAACGAGGGCAUUACCAACAAGCACAACGGGUAGCGCAGCAGGCUGCAUAUGCCCAACAGCAGGCACAUCGUUUUUCUGGGCAUUUCAACCCAAAUGUGGUGAGCAACGGUGCUGUUUCGGUGUACAAAUUCGGUAUAAGUGGCUUGGAUAACGUGUACACGGUUCAUACGGGGCGUAAUCAGCCUCUGCAGCCUGACAAUGGUUACGAAUCCCGACAGGCUAGACCUCGCUCCGAGCUCCUGGCGCAGCGCAGCUCAUAUGCCCUCGGUGACCCCACCGCCGCAGGACACGGAGGAGGCAGCGCCGUGGGGGUAGGUCCUCCCACGGAUACGCCACAUGGUUCGUACCCUCUUCAGUCUCCUUCAAGCUACAAUGUUGGUGGUCAGAAUGGCCAGGCUCAAUUUCCGGUCUUCGGUCGACAUUGAAUGGUCAAUAUGUGCCUGGUGCAGUGCCCGACAGGCCGAUAACACCAG